ACAAUGAAACACAAUUUUGCUUUUGACAACAUGGGCUAUGAGGAGAGCUUUGAAACCAUGCCCUCUCCGUCUUCCCAAGAACACACUGUGGCAGUCAACAUUGUGGGAAUGACUUGCCAAUCUUGUGUGCAGUCGCUAGAAGGCCGAAUUCCCAAGGUGAAGGGCAUUGUGAGUAUUAAAGUCUCCCUUGAAGAGAACAACGCUGUAAUAAAGUAUCUGCAGUCAGAAAUAAGUCCUGAACAGAUUUGCCAAGAAAUUCAGGAUAUGGGUUUUGAUGCCAACAUAGCAGAAGAGAGACUGACACCAGCAACUGUAAGUUUGUCAUGCUUGAGAGAAGCAGUAGUUAAGCUUCGGAUAGAAGGCAUGACAUGCCAGUCCUGUGUCACCAACAUUGAAGGAAAGAUUAGGAAACUGCACGGUGUGGCGAAAAUCAAGGUGUCACUUGGUAACCAGGAAGCAAUUAUUGCUUACUAUCCUUACAUCAUUCAGCCUGACGACCUCAAGAGCCAUAUCAAUAACCUGGGGUAUGACUGCACCAUUAAAAGUAAAUCAGCCCCUUUGAAGCUUGGUGUGCUCGAUCUCGGGUGCCUGCAGAAUGCAAACCCCGGGGAGACACCAGCAAGUCUCAAGAGUGAUGGGGUGGAUCCACCGGUCGCCAAGAUGAGUGGCACAGCUAUGGUGGCUGUACGGAUAGAAGGCAUGCACUGCAAGUCCUGUGUCAGAAACAUUGAAGGAAAUAUAUCAGAUCUUCCUGGCAUACAAAGUAUUAAAGUGUCUUUGGAGCAUAAAUGUGCUGUUGUACAGUAUAGCCCAAAUUUAAUUACCCUGCCAGCUUUGCAGCAAGCUAUUGAAUCCCUUCCACCUGGAAACUUUAAAGUAUGUCUCCUUAAUGGUUCAGAAGUUAAUAAGGGAGCAUGUCCAUCACCUGCUUGGCUAUGUGAUCUCUUCAGAGAGCCGCUGCAAGACACAACACGCAUGGCUGUUAUUAGGAUUGAUGGCAUGACCUGCAAUUCCUGUGUACAGUCCAUAGAAGGGACCAUAUCACAGAGACAAGGAGUGCAACGUAUAGCAGUUUCUCUAGCUGACAGAACUGGGAACAUACAUUAUGAUCCAGCUGUUACUAAUGGAGAAGAGUUAAGAGCUGCCAUAGAAGACAUGGGGUUUGAUGCUUCUGUGCUGACAGGUAACAGUGUUUUUUCUUCUGCGGGUAAUGUGACAAGCUGGGCCAUGCACCAGCCUGACGCCAGCAAUGCUGCCGUGCAGCCUCGAGCUCCAGAGCCUCCUCGCCAAGGCUGUGCCUCGGAUGCUCUUCUGGACAGUCCUCACCUUGAUGGGCCAAACCAGCCCAGCGGAGCGACAGCUGAAAAGUGUUUUUUACAAAUCACAGGCAUGACCUGUGCAUCAUGUGUGUCUACCAUUGAAAGAAAUUUGCAGAAAGAAGACGGAAUUGUUUCAGUGUUGGUAGCACUGAUGGCAGGUAAAGCAGAGAUAAAAUACAAGCCAGAAUUCAUACAGCCUCUUGAAAUAGCACAGCUGAUCCAGAAUUUGGGUUUUGAAGCUACUGUCAUAGAAGAUCAUGCAGAAACAGAAGGAAAUGUGGAGCUUCUUAUUACAGGGAUGACUUGUGCUUCUUGUGUUCACAAUAUUGAAUCCAAACUCAUGAGAACAAAUGGCAUAUUCUAUGCCUCAGUUGCACUUGCUACUUGCAAAGCUCACAUCCAGUUUGAUCCUGAAAUUACUGGACCUCGAGAUAUUAUAAAAAUAAUUGAGGAAAUUGGCUUUCAUGCUUCCGUGGCUAGAAGAGUUCCAAAUGCACAUAACCUGGAUCAUAAAAAGGAAAUACAGCAGUGGAGGAAGUCUUUCUUGUGCAGCCUACUGUUUGGUAUCCCUGUCUUAAUCCUAAUGAUUUAUAUGCUAAUACCCGACGGUGAGCACCAUGGGUCUAUGGUGCUGGAACAGAAUCUCAUUCCUGGAUUAUCUAUUUUAAAUCUUCUCUUCUUUGUCCUGUGCACUUUUGUUCAGUUUCUUGGUGGAUGGUAUUUUUACGUCCAAGCUUACAAAUCACUGAAGCACAAGACGGCCAAUAUGGAUGUGCUCAUUGUACUGGCCACGACAAUUGCUUAUGUGUAUUCAUGUGUGAUCCUGAUGGUAGCAAUAAUUGAAAAGGCAGAGAAAAGCCCUGUCACUUUCUUUGACACUCCUCCGAUGCUGUUUGUGUUCAUUGCCCUUGGGAGAUGGCUGGAACACAUAGCAAAGAGUAAGACCUCAGAAGCUCUUGCUAAACUUAUAUCUCUUCAAGCCACAGAAGCCACUGUGGUGACUCUUGGACCUGACCACUCUAUCAUCAGGGAGGAGCAGGUAGCUGUCGAACUGGUUCAAAGGGGUGAUAUUGUAAAGGUUGUUCCUGGUGGAAAGUUCCCGGUGGAUGGAAAGGUCAUUGAAGGCAGUUCUAUGGCAGAUGAGUCUCUCAUUACUGGGGAAGCUAUGCCAGUCACUAAAAAGCCUGGGAGCACAGUGAUUGCUGGUUCUAUAAAUGCACAUGGCUCAGUUCUUGUUAAUGCAACUCAUGUUGGUAAUGAUACCACUCUGGCACAAAUCGUGAAAUUGGUGGAAGAAGCUCAAAUGUCAAAGGCACCCAUCCAGCAACUCGCAGAUAAGUUUAGUGGAUAUUUUGUUCCAUUUAUCAUCAUCAUUUCAACAGUCACGUUGAUAGUAUGGAUCACAAUUGGUUUUAUAAAUUUUGAUGUUAUUCAAAAAUAUUUUCCUAAUCAGAACAAACAUGUUUCAAAAGCUGAACUAAUACUGAGGUUUGCGUUUCAAACCUCAAUCACUGUGCUGAGCAUUGCAUGCCCCUGUUCUUUAGGCUUGGCUACCCCCACAGCUGUGAUGGUGGGCACAGGAGUUGCUGCGCAGAAUGGUAUUCUCAUCAAAGGCGGAAAACCCCUGGAAAUGGCACACAAGAUCAAGACUGUGAUGUUUGAUAAAACUGGGACCAUCACCUGCGGAGUUCCUAAAGUCAUGAGGGUGCUUUUGCUGGGAGACACAGCUGUGCUCUCUCUGAAGAAGGUACUGGCGGUGGUUGGCACUGCAGAAGCCAGCAGCGAGCAUCCUUUAGGAGUGGCAGUCACUAAAUAUUGCAAAGAGGAGCUUGGCACUCAGAGCCUGGGAUACUGCACUGACUUCCAGGCAGUCCCGGGCUGUGGCAUCAGCUGCAAAGUCGGAGGUGUUGAGGCCGUCCUAGGCACGGCCGAGGAGGGUCUUGAUAAACUGGACGCUAACAGGAGCAGGGACGGCAGUCCAUCAACUUCUCAUACAUACUCGGUGUUGAUUGGAAAUCGUGAGUGGAUGCGACGCAAUGGCUUGCAUAUUGCAAAUGACGUAAAUGAUGCAAUGACAGACCAUGAAACGAAAGGACAGACUGCCAUACUAGUGGCUAUAGAUGGCGUGUUGCGUGGAAUGAUUGCAAUAGCAGACACUGUCAAGCAGGAGGCAGCCCUUGCUGUGCACACGCUGAAAAACAUGGGAAUAGAUGUGGUGCUGAUAACGGGGGACAACAGAAAAACUGCAAAAGCCAUUGCUACUCAGGUUGGGAUCAAAAAAGUCUUUGCUGAGGUUCUUCCUUCUCACAAGGUUGCAAAGGUCCAGGAGCUCCAAAACGGGAGGAGGAAGGUUGCGAUGGUUGGUGAUGGAGUCAAUGAUUCCCCAGCACUAGCCAGGGCCGACGUUGGAAUUGCAAUUGGAACGGGCACCGAUGUUGCCAUUGAAGCAGCAGAUGUUGUUCUUAUCCGAAACGACUUGCUGGAUGUAGUUGCCAGUAUUCACUUAUCAAAGAGAACAGUUCGAAGAAUACGAAUAAAUCUGAUUCUUGCCUUAAUUUAUAAUCUGCUUGGAAUACCCAUAGCAGCAGGUGUGUUCAUGCCUGUUGGCCUCGUGCUUCAGCCUUGGAUGGGAUCAGCUGCAAUGGCAGCUUCUUCUGUGUCUGUCGUGCUGUCUUCCCUGCAGCUGAAAUGUUAUAAGAAGCCAGACACAGAAAGUUACGAAGCACAAGCUCAAGGCCGCAUGAAGCCACUUACUCCUUCCCAAAUCAGUGUUCAUAUUGGAAUGGAUGAUAGGAGGAGAGAUUCAUCCAGACCAGCUCCUUGGGAUCAGAUUAGCCAAGUGUCUCUUUCUUCCUUGACUACAGACAAGCUGCUGAGACGUAAUGGUUUUGUUGAGGAGGAAGGGGACAAGUGGUCAUUGCUCAUGAAUGGAGGAGAUGAAGAACAGUACAUCUGAAACACUGUAUUCUUAGUACAGGAGGAAAUGUUCCUCCUCACCAGUGACGGGAGGGACUGACUUAUUUCAUCAAGAGCUUCAAGAUUGUAAGUGAAGUCAUUCCUUCAGUUCAGAAAACGAUUGCAAGUCAGCUCGAUGUGAGGUUGUAUGGAUUGUGGAUUUUUUUCAGGUCACCAGUUAUUUCUAGUCACAGAAAUAAUCUGUGGCUCUAUAAUGAACUGGCUCCUUUGCACACAGCAAUUAGUGAAAUAAUGUAAAAUUGUAAUUUUCAGAGUCUAAAAGAGUUUCUCUCUUCUGGACUGUUUGCUGGGCACCAAAUUUCAUACUUUUCACUCUUUUUAACUUUAUUCUUUCAAGAACACAUGAAGCAAAAGUAUAUUCAGAGCUGCCAAAUAUUAGUUUCUGUGUCCAAGUGAAAAUAGCCAUGGCAUCAAGGAGCUCUGUGGUCGGAAGUUGUAUUUUUACACAGAAUCCUAACUAGUCAUGUCACUGUGAGAGCGCUUUGUAUUUAGGAUUCAUGUGCGUCUCCUUGGACCAAAAAUGCUUCAGUGUUUCACUGACUAUAACUCUCAGAAAGUUCUCUUGCAAAGAUUUUCACUUGCUUUCAGGUAUUGCAUCCUUUUGAUGCACAUUUCCAUUGCUAAACUUGUUCUGCCAUUCCCACCGCUCUCCUAGAUUUUCUCUUUUGCUCCAUAUGAGCUCUUUUUUCCCCUUUCUUUGCACAAGAUAUCUUCUAUGAGUUAUUAUUAUGUUUACAGAUAUUCCUGCUUGGGACAAACUCCUUUAAGUCACCAGGAACUUUUCCGUUCCUAUUGAAGUCCCCAAAGGCAGAGCAAUUCCUGGUCCAAGUUAGCAUAUCAUUUUCCUGUGGAUACCUUGCAGGACCCCAUGAAGCUCCUGACAGUUGGGCAGUUGUCUGUCUCUUCCCUCUGACAGAGUGAAGAAUUUAUGCCAGUGUGAGUGAAGGUGGUAUUUACCAUGGUGUGACUGAGAGCAGACCUAGCACUGGUGUGACUCCAGCAUGGCUGAAUGGAGUGAGUUUAUUGCAUAAGUUAACCCCAGCUUGCUGGUUGCUUAAAAUGGAGCCAAAAGUUUAAAUGGUGAAAGUGGAAAAUGGCCUUAAAAUGUGGGGCUUCUAUUUGCUAUUAUAUAAAUAACCUUUUCUGAUGACAAAAGGACUUGAACUAAGAAGAUUUGUAAUAGCUUGAAUUUUAAUGUAAAUUUGUAUUCAUGUUUUGAAUUGGUUUUAAUUUCCCUCUUUGCUCUAGUUUAAUGAGAAAUCAAGGUGCUGAACAACCCUUUUUUCACUUUAACAUCUUUACCAAAGCUUGCAGUAACUUUAUCACUGUGAAUGUCAAAUUCAUCCCUUAACACUUUUUUGAGUCAGGACAGUAGGAAUCAAUGGCUUUGGUGCACUGAAUCCGAUCCUGGGGUGCUGUGUUGCUCAACUGUGGGACUCUGAAGUAAGCAAACCGGAGUUUUAUAGUCUAAUCUAAAAGAAGAUUAGAUCUUCUGAAAGAAGAAGAAUUACUGUGCUAAACAAUGUGAAAUAACCACUUACUUUCAUUGACUUAAAUAUAAAGCUGUUUCCAACACAGGUUCAAACCCUCCUAAUGUAAAAAUGAAAAACAAGUCAGUGAGGAAAAGAAUUGUGCUUAAAGCAUUGGGCAGGUCUUCCUAUUCUCUCUUCCUCUUAGUAUUAUAUUUGAGCUCUCCUUAGCAAACAUUGACACCACUGUCUCAAAUAUAAUUAUAAAUCAGUUUCAAAACUGUAAAAUCUCUUUAUAUGUGUAGAGAUUACUUUCACAGCACAGACACUUUUCAAACAUGCCGUAGGUGCCUAUACAUGUCCCUGUGGGGAAGAUGCUCUACUGUUUCACUGUUUUUUGUUUUCCUACCAGUGCUUACAGUAAAAAUAUUUUGUUUUGUUUUGUUUUUUUUAAA